AUGAGUGACAGGAUCCACUCUUGGAAUGUCGUCCACAAGUUGGAGAAGCGACAGCUUCUCAUCGCGAUCAAUUGCAUCGCAGCAUUGUCCAUUCUAUUCUUUGGGUACGACCAAGGAAUGAUGUCCGGAGUGAACAACGCGGAGGACUAUGUCAAACUUAUGAAGUUCGGGUAUACAAAGAUGGAAAAUGGCGAGGCAACCGUGGUAGUCACAAAUUCUCUCUUGCAAGGUGGAAUUGUGGCCGUGUAUUACCUGGGAACAUUGUUUGGUGGUUUGUUCGGCGGCUGGCUGGGAGAUCGCGUGGGCAGAAUCAAGUCCAUUGCAGCUGGUGCUAUCUGGGCAAUCGUGGGAGCUAGUCUGCAGUGCUCGGCUCAAAAUCACGAUUGGAUGAUUUGCGCGCGUUUUGUCAACGGAAUCGGCACUGGUAUUUUGAACGCUAUUGUCCCCGUGUGGGCUACGGAGACGGCCGAACAUACUUCCCGAGGUCAAUUUAUUGCGAUUGAAUUUACGCUUAAUAUCUUUGGUGUUGUCCUUGCCUAUUGGUUGGAGUUCGGCCUGUCAUUCAUCGACGAGGGCAGAUCUCCUUUCCGCUGGAGAUUUCCUAUUGGAUUCCAAAUCUUGUUCCUCUUGGUCCUUUUCUUCGCUGUUUGGUUCUUCCCCGAGUCUCCUCGCUGGUUGGUUAAAGUUGGCCGAGAGGAGGAAGCCAGGUAUAUUCUCCAACGCCUUCGUGGCAGCAGCAACCCCGAAGACCUUGUUCGUGCCGAGGCCGAGUUCAUCGAUAUCCAGGCCAUUGCAGAGAUGGAGAAAACAGUCGUCCACGGCAACUCAUAUCUUUCGAUGCUUUUUGGCUAUAAAUCGGGUGACCUCCACAUCGGCCGUCGUGUGCAACUAGUCAUCUGGCUUCAGAUCAUGCAGGAGUGGGUUGGUAUUGCCGGUGUCACCGUUUACGCUCCGACAAUUUUCAGCAUUGCAGGAUUUGACUCCACAAAGAGUCAGUGGAUUAGUGGUUUGAACAAUGUCUUCUACAUGUUUGCAACGCUUGUCUGCGUCUUUACAUUGGAUCGUAUCGGCCGUCGAUGGACUUUGUAUUGGGGCUCAAUCGUUCAAGGCAUUGCAAUGUUCCUGGCAGGCGGUUUCUCUCGUCUCGCCAUCAAUGCUAAGGCAGCCGGUGAUACGGGUCACGCUUCCUCCUACGGUGCAGCCGCAGCUUCAAUGAUCUUUAUUUUCACCUCGACCUUUGGAGCGACGUGGUUAACAGUGCCUUGGCUGUACCCGGCAGAAAUCUUCCCAUUGGCUGUGCGUGCUCGGGGUAAUGCUUGGGGUGUCGUCGGAUGGAGUAUUGGAAACGGAUGGCUGACUCUUCUGUGCCCUGUGAUGUUCAGUGCCAUUGGUGAGAAGACCCUAUAUGUAUUCGCCGCAAGCAACGUCAUCACCAUCCCCAUGGUUUGGGCUCUGUACCCGGAGAGCAACCAACGUACGCUAGAAGACAUGGAUCUUUUGUUUGCGGCCAAGACGCCAUGGGCCUGGGAUGCGGAGAAGACCUUUGCUCGUUUGAAGGCUGAGAAUCCGGGUAUGGUCCAGGCCGUUAGUCGGAAAGGCAGCAUAGACCCAGAAACGGGCAAAAUGAUUCUGGCCGCAACAAAAACCAAAAUGACAAUCACAACAACCACAAUCACACCAGACAAGACCCCACCAACCCCACAAUCCCAAACCCCAACAAACCCAAAACCACAACCCUCCAACCUCCAAACCCAAAAAUACCUCCGCCGCAUCUCCCUCCAUCCAACCCUAACGCCCUACCGCCGCCGCGUCUACCGCGUCCUCCUCUCCGUCCCCGCCGGCCGCUGGACCACCUACUCCGCCAUGGCAACAUACCUGCACUCCAGCGCCCGGGCCGUCGGCAACGCCAUGCGCACGAACCCGUACGCGCCCGAAGUCCCCUGCCACCGCGUUCUUGCGGCCGGCGGCUCGUUAGGCGGGUACAAGGGCGAGGGGAUGGCGGUUAAGCAUGUUAGUGAUGGGUCGUUCCGGGAUGAGAAGAGGACGCGGUUGAAGGGGGAGGGCGUUUUGUUUGAUGAGGCAGGGAAGGCGAGGGGGGUUUGUUUUACGGAUUUUGAGGAUUUGGGGGAUAAGAAGGCUUGA